UGUUCGCAUUGCAGCCGGAUGUCCAUGUGGACAUGUUCUUUUCAAGGUUUUUAGUUCCUUGUCCUCCAACGGAAACUAUGGCAGUCCACAUGAGGGGAAUUUGCGCAUGCCUAAUGAAGAUAUGGAGGCGACAGAAGAUCCAGAUUUACAAGAAGGCAUGCUUAACACAGUAUGUCAACCACUAAAGGUGGCUAAGUGGGCAUGGUUUAUUUAAACUCCACCCCCAGCUCUCGUUCCUUCUUCCUUCCUUGUGGGGCAGAUACCCCCCCUGGGCACUGGGAUAAAUCACCGUGAGGAGCGUGUACUGCACAAUGUGUGAGUGUGACGAAUUCACUCCGGCACAAGUGCCCUCUUCAGUACACACACUCUCUGCUCGCACGUGCCUACCCUUGUGCAGAUGUAAAGACAUCAUGGCAGCAUUUAAAGGCAUUUGGACAAAGCCAUUCUGGCGUGCAGUCUCCGGCGAAUUCUUAGCCACGCUUAUUUUUGUGCUUAUUGGUCUUGGCUCAACCGUUAACUGGGCAAAGGAUAAGGAGACUCAACCACCGGCGGACCUGGUGCUCAUUUCUCUUUGUUUCGGGUUGAGUAUAGCCACCAUGGUGCAGUGUUUUGCUCAUAUCAGUGGAGGCCACAUAAACCCGGCUGUCACCGCUGCCAUGCUAGUCACGAGAAAGCUAAGUCUUGCCAAGGCUUUGUUUUAUGUACUUGCACAGUGUUUGGGUGCCAUUACUGGGGCAGGGAUUCUAUUCCUGGUUACGCCAAGUGCUGUUCAAGGAAGUUUAGGUGUUACAACGGUCAACUCGAGUAUCUCAGUGGGUCACGCCAUGGUUGUGGAGCUCUUGAUCACUUUUGAACUUGUCUUCACUGUGUUUGCUACCUGCGACAACAAACGUAAUGACCUCAAAGGUUCCGCCAGCCUUGCCAUCGGCAUUGCUGUAGUCAUCGGCCAUCUUUUUGCGAUACCUUACACUGGAGCCAGCAUGAACCCAGCUCGGUCUUUUGGACCUGCAGUCAUCACAUUAAGCUGGGAAAGCCACUGGGUGUAUUGGGUCGGGCCCAUUCUAGGUGGCAUUCUGGCGGCUGCAACGUACGAGUACUUGUACUGUCCAGACCCUGAGCUAAAGAAAAGCUGCAAAGAAAUUUUCGUCAAAGAUUCUUCUGGAAAAUACAAAGAGGUGGAGUGUUCAAUUAGCCAGAAUGCUGAAGAGCCAGAUGAUCUUACAAUAAACCCUGGUUCUUCUUCAGAUACAGAGAAAGUGGAGAAGAAAGAGGCUCUACAGGAUGUCCCGGCUGAUGGGUUGUCCUCUGUAUGACUAUCAGUAAUGCUGGUAAAGGAGACCCAUGUUUAAUGUCUCCAUCAUCAGUAUGCUAAAGGAGUUUGUACUUUUUCUAAAGCUAAAGUGGCUAACAAUAAAUUAAAUCUCGCUGGCUAAAAAAGAAGCUGGAAACACUGAUCAAAUAUACUGUAUGUGCUAAAUUCAUCUUCAUUAUUAACAGCAGGUUUGGCUUCUAUUACGACCUAAGCCUUGGCCCAGGGAAACACAUCCCUCCAGCAAAGUGUAUAUGAGCUCAUGAGUGGCCUAUUUGUAUUCACUGUAGUUCAGUGCAACAGGAAUUUUGCAUGCUACUUCUAGAGGCUGUUACUGUUACUACAUGUUGCUAUCUGUCUUUUUGUUUUUAAUGUUUCAAAUAUUUGUAUUUGUAUUUCAAUUUAAAGAAGUGGCAUUGCCAAAAUUGGAAGUUUUUAUAAAAAAAAAAGUUUUAAAUUGUUAUUAAAUAUAAACCCUAUUACUUUGCUCCUGGAAACCCUGGAUAAAAACCUAGAAACACCAGCACCGUUCCUCAACCUAAGCUGCAUCGCUUGAGUUGAUAACUGGUCUCCUCUUAAACGUUUUUAUUUAUUUAUUUUUAAGUCUGCCUACCAUCACAGCCACUUCUUUGAUAUUAUUCCUCACAUGCAUCAUCCAAUAACCUUCAUAAUAAUAAAAGAUUCCCACAAAUCCAGCUUUCACCCUGGUUUAGAAAAAUGGAUUAAUGUCACAUCUUGUAUAUGAAGCUGAUUCAGUGCUUAUUAAGAAAAUUACAGCACACUGCAUUAACUGAAAUAAUAAUGAUGUCAGGGAUUAAGGAGUGUGUAAGGCAGGUCUGAAGAACCGUCAAUUUGAAAAGCUUCAGUUUAUUGAAAUACAGAUCUAGACUGCUAUUUAAUCACCUUAAAAACGUUUUUGCUAAAACCAAAUAAAUCUAUAUAGUCAAUGUACCAUGAUUUCACUGACCUAAACUCUCAACAUAAAAAUAACUAGAAGCUAACCGCCAUAAUCGAUCAUAAAUAACUACUAGAUCAGAAACAGGAAGAUUUUACGAUUUCCAAUAAAUAUAAAAUGAAUAAUCAGCAGCGAAUGAAAUGGUUCUAAACACCGUAUGCUGGUUCUUUCAUCAUUACCAGAUUUGUGUUACGUUUCUCUCUAGCGGCAUUAGUUUUUAAUUUUUAUUUUACUAAUUAGCGUUAACAUGUAAAAGCUGUAUAUAGAGUAUAUUAAUAUGAAUAUGAAUAAAUCUUUUACAUCUAUUUUAAAAAUACCUUCAACACAGGAAGAAAUUAGAUGUAGAAAUUGCGACUAUAUCAAAACAAAAACAGAAACUUUGUGUGUUCUUCCAGACCCAAUGGUUUAUGCUUUGGAAAAGCUAAUUAUUCCAGUUAAAUAUAGUAAACUAAUGAGAAAAUUAGACAAUAUCAAAACUUAAUUUGUCAUAUAAUUAUGUACUAAUUGUUUAAAUCGAAAUUUAUAAAAUUCUCUUUGCUAUUCAUAUAUCAUAUGGUAGUCCAUACAAGUCUACAAUCUUUACACUUCUUUCAGGGAUAGGGUUUUAGGGGCUAAAGAAGAUUUUUUUUUUCUUUUUGCGGGGGGGAUUUACAGAUUUAACCGCUUUGUUGCUGAAAUUAUUUUAAAACCUUUUGUCAUAGUUAUGCUAGAUUUCACCAUGCAAUUUUAUGCUGGACCAAAUAAUAAUAAAUAAUAAUUAUAACAAGUUUCUGUGUAAAAUAAUGUUGCACUAAAUGUUAUACAAUACAUGUAUUUAUGCUACUGAAAUGCCUUUCUAUGAUUGUAUCAUUUUGCCUUUAAUUUCUCUCAAAAUGUAUUAAAACGUGUAAAAUGUA